GCGCUGUGACGUUGGUUUCCGGCGGUCUCUUUAGAAAGCCGAACAGCUUUGGGCCAAAGGACCAUGAGAGGGCCGGAGCCGGGUCCCGAAGCUACCAUGGAGGGGGACGUGCUAGACACACUGGAGGCUCUGGGGUAUAAGGGACCACUGUUAGAAGAACAAGCCCUUACCAAGGCAGCAGAAGGUGGACUGUCUUCACCUGAAUUUUCAGAGCUCUGUAUUUGGUUAGGCUCUCAAAUAAAAUCAUUGUGCAACUUGGAAGAAAGUAUCACUUCAACUGGGAGAGAUGACCUAGAGAGCUUCCAACUUGAGAUAAGUGGUUUUUUAAAAGAAAUGGCAUGUCCAUAUUCUGUUCUCAUAUCAGGAGAUAUUAAAGACCGUUUAAAAAACAAGGAUGACUGUUUGAAACUUCUAUUAUUUUUAAGUACAGAACUUCAAGCUUCACAGAUAUUGCAGAAGAAGAAACGUAAAAAUUCUCAGUUAGAUAAAAACAGUGAAAUUUAUCAGGAAGUUCAAGUUAUAUGUGAUUCUCUUGGUGUUCCCAAGUCAACCACUUCCGACAUUCCACUUAUGCUAAACCAAGUGGAAUCAAAGGUAAAGGAUAUUCUCUCUAAAGUCCAGAAAAAUCAUGUGGGAAAACCACUGCUAAAAAUUGAUUUAAGUCUGGAACAGGCGGAACAACUGGAAAGAAUUAAUGAUGCCCUUUCCUGUGAAUAUGAAUGCCGCCGCCGCAUGUUAAUGAAACGAUUAGAUGUGACAGUGCAGUCCUUUGGAUGGUCUGAUAGAGCAAAGGUCAAAACAGAUAACAUAGCAAGAAUUUACCAGCCCAAACGUUAUGCUUUAUCACCUAAGACAACAAUUACGUUGGCACAUCUACUUGCUGCUCGAGAAGAUCUAUCUAAGAUCAUUAGGACAAGUAGUGGCUCCAGCCGGGAAAAGACAGCGUGUGCCAUUAAUAAGGUGCUGAUGGGAAGGGUGCCUGACAGGGGAGGACGGCCGAAUGAAAUUGAACCACCACCCCCUGAAAUGCCCCCUUGGCAAAAGAGACAAGAUGGUGGCGGAAGGGGUGGUUGGGGUGGUGGAGGUGGAGGUGGUGGCAGAGGAGGUGGUGGGGGUGGGAGAGGUGGCUGGGGAGGGGGAGGGGGAGGCGGGUGGGGAGGAGGUGGUGGAGGAGGUGGAGGUAGAGGAGGUUUCCAGGGCAGGGGAGAUUAUGGUGGUAGGGGAGAUUAUGGUGGAAGAGGAGGCUAUGGUGGAAGAGGGGGCUAUGGUGGGAGAGGUUAUGGAGAUCCAUAUGGAGGAGGGGGUGGUGGUGGUGGAGGAUAUAGAAGAUAUUAAAAACUGCAACAAUUAGAUAUUAGUGCUUACUUCUUGUUAGAUACUUUAGGCAUAGUAUUCUAAAUAACAAAUUUGACUAUUAUCUUUGGAGAAAAUACCGUGUUAGAUUCCCUGAUGAAAUCAUUCUUGAAUUGGGUUAAUGUGUAAGAACAUUGUUUUAUACUACCAAUUGAUCUCUCAAAGUGAUGACUUUUUCCAUAUUCUGUGUACUAUUGAGCAUGUUGUGUCUUUUUAAAAAACAAAAAUGAACAAAAAUAUUUUUAAAAGUAUAAAUAUUUAUUACCAUCAAACUUGGAAAAUGGAAAGUAUUUUAUUGUCAUGAUUGAAUUUAGAUUGUUAACCUGUAUUUUGUUCAGGAUUGAAACACAUAAAUGAUUCUGCCUGUGAUAGAAAAGAAUAUAGACUCUUGCCUCA